AUGCAGAAGCAACAGAUUGAGCAAUAUGAACAUCAAAAAACAAAACACUUCCACAUGCAGAAGCAACAGACUGAGCAACACGAACACCACAAACCAAAACACUUCCACAUGCAGAAGCAACAGAUUGAGCAAUAUGAACAUCACAAACCAAAACACUUCCACAUGCAGAAGCAACAGACUGAGCAACACGAACAUCACAAACCAAAACACUUCCACAUGCAGAAGCAACAGAUUGAGCAAUAUGAACAUCACAAACCAAAACACUUCCACAUGCAGAAGCAACAGAUUGAGCAAUAUGAACAUAAAAAAACAAAACACUUCCACAUGCAGAAGCAACAGACUGAGCAACACGAACACCACAAACCAAAACACUUCCACAUGCAGAAGCAACAGAUUGAGCAAUAUGAACAUCAAAAAACAAAACACUUCCACAUGCAGAAGCAACAGACUGAGCAACAUUAA